AUGGACAAGGACAACUUUGGCAGGCUCCGGUGGACAUGCCCACACUGCAAGCUUCAGGGUUUUUAUCUUCAGGAGUUUAUCACGGCUCAUCUUGCUAGCCACGCCCCGCAAGACGGAGCUGGAGGCAGCGCGCAGGGCGGCGGAGGAGGCUCAGGCGGUGGAGGCUCAGUCGGAGGAGGAGGAGGAGGAGGCUCAGUUGGAGGAGGAAGUGGAGUAAGUGCCUAG